AUUACGCUUUGUUAUAUGCUUUUAGUAAGGAUGUGGUAUUGAGAUAUGUUUAUAAUAUCUAUUUUAGACGAACAUACCGACUAACCCAUAUUUGGUGGUUGUUAAAAGCGCGGUUUAACUUUAGUGUCUGAAAGCUUGUUUCAAACCUGAGUUUAAGUAAAACAGUGAGGUGUCAUUUAAGUGGGAAUUAUUUUGGAAUGGGACGCGCUCAAAGGGAUUAUCGCCGCUCUUCUAAUUACGACACUGUAAAGGAGGAAAAAUGGUAAAGAGGACCAGGAUACAAUUAAAUUGAAGCGUAAACAGCGCGCCGGAGGUUUAAAAGAGGGAACUGAGGGUAGACUGUGGCUAUCCGCUGUUUGGAUCACUUUAUCUUUAACCAGCCGCCGCCGCAGGCUCCCCCGGACACUAUGGUUUGCGGUCCUCUGAGCGGAGCGUGUGGAGUCGCCUCAACUGAGCAGAAAUGAGCGGUGUGAGGCACGGACGAGCGUAGGCAGCGCGUCUUUAAAGCGGACUCAGUGUUUCUAUUGUGUGAGAACUAAGCGGUGCACAAGAUGGGGCAUCCUCCUCUGGAGUUUAGCGAGUGCUAUCUGGACAGUCCCGAUUUCAGAGAGACUCUCAAGUGCUAUGAACUGGAGCUGGAGAGGACGAACAAAUUUCUCAAAGAAGUGAUUAAAGACGGGAACAGUGUGAUCACCGCAAUCAAGGGCUACUCUUUGGCAGUGCAGAAGUUUUCCCAUACUCUCAGUGUGUUCCAGUUCGACUUCAUCGGCGACUCGCUGACGGACGAUGAGAUUAACAUCGCUCAGUCAUUCCAGGAGUUUGCUGGACUUCUGCAGGAAGUGGAGCAUGACAGGAUGAUGCUGGUUCAGAAUGCAUCAGAUCUACUCAUCAAGCCCUUGGAGAAGUUCAGAAAGGAUCAAAUAGGAGUAACAAAAGAAAAGAGAAAGAAGUUUGAGAAAGAGAGUGAAAAAUAUUACUCCCAAUUAGACAAACACUUGAAUCUUUCUGCCAAGAAGAAAGAGACUCAGCUUCAAGAGGCUGAUGAACUCCUAGAAAAAGAGCGUGCAAACUUCUAUGAAUCAUCAGUGGAGUAUGUGUACCAGAUCCACCAGGUGCAGGACAGGAAGAAGUUCGAUGUGGUGGAACCAGUGCUAGCAUUUCUUCACAGCAUAUUAACUCUCAACAACCUGACAGUGGAGAUGACUCAGGACUUCAUGCCUUAUAAGCAGGAACUGCAGCUCAGCUUACAGAAUACAAGAAACCACUAUGAGAGCACUUGUGAGGAGUUGGGGGAGCUGAUGAACAGAAUGAAAGAGCCAUCCCAGAUCUAUAAAAUGCACAAUUUUCCAAUGGAGGGUUAUUUGUACUGCCAGGAGAAGUGGGCUCUGGGUGUGACGUGGGUCAAAUAUUAUUGUAAAUAUCAGAAAGAGGGGAGAGUGCUGGUCAUGGUACCUUGUGAACAGAAGCCUACAACUAAACAGGGACCGAUGCAGCUCACACUGAAAUCCUGCAUCCGCCGGAAGACGGAAUCUAUCGAUAAGCGCUUCUGCUUCGACGUGGAAACCAUUGAGAGAAACACACCAGUCACUUUCCAGGCUCUUUCGGAGGGAGACAGGAAGUUGUGGAUGGAGGCCAUGGAUGGAAAAGAGCCUAUUUAUCAUUCACCAAUUCACAAGCAAGCUGAAAUGGAACUGAAUGAAACCGGAUUCAAGUUUGUGCGAAAGUGCAUCAACUACAUUGAAACAAAAGGAGUUGCACAAGAGGGAGUGUACAGAACGGUUGGCAGUAACAUCCAAGUGCAGAAGCUCCUAAAUACCUUCUUUGAUCCUGCAAACCCAGGAGACGUAGAUCUCCACGACAGCGACUGGGAUGUUAAAACCGUCACAAGUGCUUUGAAGUUUUAUCUCAGGAGUUUGUCUGAACCUCUAAUGACCUACAGUCUGCACAGAGACCUCGUGUGCGCUGCAAAGUCAGAUAAUCUGGACUGUCGACUAAGUGAAAUCCAUUCACUUACCUACAAGCUGCCAGAGAAGAAUCGGGAAAUGCUGGAGAUGCUCAUCAAGCACUUGGUGAACGUGUGCAGCCACAACGAUGAAAACCUGAUGACUCCCUCAAACAUGGCGGUCAUCUUUGGACCCACGCUCAUGAGAGCAAAGGAGGAAACGGUGGCGGCCAUGCUGGAUAUCAAGUUCCAAAAUAUUGUGGUUGAGAUUCUGAUAGAGCACUGUAAAAAGAUCUUCAGUCAUAUGCCAGAGGACAGCUCGGCCCCACCUGUCCCUCCCCCACGAAUUAACCCAAGAAAACGGCAACCGAUCACAAUCUCCAAGCGACCAGCUCGUGUUUAUCAAGCGCUCAGUCACGAGCAUUACCAGCACACUGAGAAUGGCCAGAGCGACACUUCCACCAUGGAUGGGGAAACCCCAAUCAGCCCCACUCCCAUACAACGGACAAAGAGACAGGCAUUAAUACCCAGACCAGUUUCCAGGCAGUCAGACUCUGAUGCUUCUUUAUCAGCGAAUGGGGUGCCUGGAAUCUAUGUGAGCAGGGUGUCAUCCUUUCAGGGCAAAAAAAUACCUUCAAAGGGUGCAGCCAUUAAAGAAGGAGAUUCUGAUGGUCUGACCAGAACAAGGUCCACAGAGAAACAUUCGAUUUGUAGACCCCCUGUUAGGCCUCCUGAGCCACCUUCCAGAUGCCCCGCUCCACAAAAGCCCCCAAGUGCAGCAGGCAGUGAAGGCACACCUACAUCCUAUGUUGCAUCUAAAACAAAGUUUUUUGAAAAUGCCUCCAGGCAAGUUGGCAGUCCAACGGGUUCAUCCCCAUCAGUGGUAACGAGUGUAAAAAAAGAGGAAUUAAAGUGAAGACGACAUGGGUGAUAUCAUAUGACCUUUGGGCACGCAUCAGGCUGGAGGGAGUCCCCACUAAUGAACUUAAAUCGAUCUAGACUGUGUAAAACGACUGAGGAAGUAGCUACUCAAUUGAAUUAUUUGGUUCUGUUUGAUUUUUAUUGUGUAAGAAUCGUGUUGUGAAGUGAAGCUGUGGCAAACUGACUUUUCAAGGAGCUUGCAAAGUUACUGGCUCUGGGUUUGAUUAGCAUUCCAAAGUUAGGCUGGAGUAAAAGUAAUUUUCCCUCAUUUCCCCCAUUUUUCUGUUUUUUUUUUUUUUAAAACAAAAUCUGAAGAUUUAGUCCUUUUACUGUUUUUAAUAGUUUCAUUUAGUUGUGAUUGGCUGUAUUUGUAGGCGGUUAACUGCAGUACUGGUUAUAACUUGUCUGCAUCGCUAACAUGAAUGUCCCAAAGAAGACUAAUUAAUUAAAAACUGUGAAAUUUACUCUGUUCGUUUUCGUGGACCGUGUAUUACAAUUGACACAAAAAAAAAAAAAAAAA